GGUAGCGGAAGGAAGUGUAAUGGCUAACAGUUUCCCCUUUACGCUAAAUGCGCAUUCCGAUGUGAGCAAGAUGUAAGCGCUGUGCGGACUUUAUGUCUCCAAACCGUCUUCAUUUAUAAUUUGCGGGGAUAAAAUGUCCAACUGGAAAGAGUCCAACACUUGUCCUGACGGCUACAGGGCUUUACGCGCAAGUGAGCUGCGGGAGCUUUUACAAAAUGACGAUAAAAUGGACCAAAUCAUUCCACUCAAUGAGAAGUUGCAGGAUCUUCAUUUGGACAGGGAGACACUGCUGACCUCCAACCGGAGCUUGGCGGAGGAGAGCCUUGCCCGACAACCUCGCCUUAAUAACGGCAAACUCCAACUGGCAGAGAAAUACCGGGAACUGUCCAAAAUAGCAACCACAUGCUGGGAAAAACAGAGUCAGCUUGAUGCUCAUGUCCAGAGGCACAGCCUGCAGAGGGCGCAGAACCUCCUGCAGGAAGAGGUGGCACAUGCUGAGGAGCAUUCAGAGGAGCUGCUGGAGAAGUUCAUGGAGGGAAAUAUAAACCUGGAUGAGUUCUUGGACUCCUUCCAAAGCUCGAGGAAAACUUAUCACAUCCGCCGGGCUCAAGCAGAGAAGAUGCAGGAGUUCGUUGAAGCUAAGCGGCAGCCAGGCAAAACCGUGAGAGUGGAGGAGAGCAAAGUCCUGGAGGUGAAGGACUCGGAGCAGCCUCAGCGGCCAAAUGGCUUCGUAGCACAGGGACCUCUUAGAGUGUUCCAGGUACGCUAUGGCCUCACGCCAGCCAUCCUCCUCCCUCAUUACCCCGUUUCACCCCCUACCUUGGCUCCAGGACAUCAAGGUAGCACUCCCCCACCUGAGCCCCAACUGGGACAGACCCAUAUCCUCAACCCCAGCACCCCACUUCCAGGACAUGGCCAGCCGGUUGGCCUCAGGGUCAUUGGACAGUUACCUGGGGGCUGGCCGGCUAAUGGGCGGCCGAUUAGAGUGCAGCAGCUUUACAGGCCCAAUCCUCAACAGCCUGAGCCACCAUACCGAUAAGUUCAAGGAGGAUUUAAAGCCAGUUUGAGUGUUUUUCCAAGACGUGGGAUCAAACAGUGGCCGUCCAUCAUGUAAGCAAACACUGAUCCAGAGACAGAUAGCGCUGCAGAUGACCAUUUCUGUUCUCCAUCCAUGACACACAAAUGUGACCAUCAGGGGAAAAGGAGCAGAGCAGAGAUAGUGAGGCCGCAGAUGAAGAGACAGGUAGGACUAGGGACCAGUUUUAGUAGCUGGCUCUGUUUUGGGUUCAGUGAAAUAACCAGAUUCAUUAAACUCCAAUUCUUAUUAAUUUCUUAUCAAACCUUUUAUACCCCCUUAUUCUUUUUCAUUAGUAAAGACCACAAAUCAGUUUCUAGUUAAGGACAUUACAGUUUCCUCAUGCAGUGGCAAGACAACACAUCAGUUACAGAGUAAAGGAAAAGGGUGUACAUAUUAAUGUAAGGACAGAGAAAGGCAGCAGAAACAGUUAGGUUCAGAUAGAAAAUGUUAAAUGAAGAAUUAAAUAUAGUUUUAAAAUCAUGAAUAACAUUUUUAAUAUUAUUAACAUUUUCAUCCCAAAAACGACCAA